GUGAUAUUAUUUAAGUGAGCUACACGUCUUGGAAUGGCUUACAGCAACCGCAAAAUGUAACGGUAUCGAGUUAAAACGUACGGAUAAAAUGGUAAAAAUCGGUGGACAUUAUGUGUCAUAUUAUUAUGACGGAUUAGCAGUAUAUAUUUAAACAUAUUUUCUAAUGGAUGUAAAUGGAAUAAUGCCGAAGAGUGGGAUAAUAACGCUGUUGGCGGCGUUUGUUUGUGUGUCAGUUGGGUGUGCUAAUGCAGUGGAGAUAGCCUUUGACCAACCAAAUGAUGGCUACUUCUUAAAAUCAGCUUAUCACAAACUGAAACCAAGCAAUCCUACACAAGAACGUGAACUUUUCGUUGUCACCAAAAGAGCAGAACUUCACAAAUUACGUGCAAGUCAUGGCCCUUUUGAAGUUUACCAGGCUGUGCCUGACGAAUACUUGGAUAGAAAUACAAACACUAAAUCACAGAGUCAAAUUUUUCAUAAUUUGGAUGUAAGCGUUCAUUUGCUUACUGAAGAACUGUUGCCAAAAUGGCCGCAACUUCAAGUCUUAAUGCACUCUCAGCCAGUGUCGGAACAUUUGAAAGUUGACGAUUUUCGUGAGACAGUGUUUGAUGAAAGGUGGUGUGGACAAUUAAUAGUACAACAUUUGGAUCAGCGAUUAACAGAUGUUUGUAUUUUAAACCAAAAAGAUAAAAAUGCUUGCGUCAUGGAUAUUAGUAUACCUAUCGAAUGGUGGCAUCACAAUAAGUCUAAUAUUGAUGUGUAUUACCAGGUUUCACGGGUUGAGGAUAAUCACGAAUGUGCAAGUGAAUCAAAUUCUAUUGUUCCAGGACGUUCUGAUGACUCUAAGGAUAAAAAUCUUCUUGCUGUUAUCCCACUUUCUACAGAGGAUCAUAGAUUCGAUGAAAAGGGAGAUAAUCGACUAAUAUUUCGAAUUCCUAAAACCAAAUAUUUGCCAGGCAGUCGAUUUUUAGUACCUGUUUAUUUGGCAGCAAAUUCUGAAGUACAGAUUGUUGUUGUUCAAGCUAAAGUCAAGAAUGGAUUGAAGAUUCGAGGAGCAGCAGUUAAACCAAAUAGUCCAUGGAGUGUUUAUUUUGAAAUGAAGGAUCGACAAAAGUCAGCCAUAGUCACUGCAUUUAUCAAAAAUAAACCCAAGUUUAUACAGAGUACAAGUAAUGAACAGAUAUUUUCAUGGGAGUUUGAGGUAGAAGAAGAAGCUCAUGGUCCAGAAACAGGCAGAAUAAUCUGGAAUAUAGACUACGAGAAAAAUCGACCAACAGUAAAACAACAUGAUUCCCGUGUUACUGCAAGAAUUCAGAUUGUUAGUGAUGACCAGAAGAAAAUUAUUCCUGUAUUCAAGGAAUAUAAUAUAUUAAAUACAGCUGUAUUGACGGGUAAUCGCUUGUCAUAUCCAUUAAAGAUAUAUUCUGUUGAUAAACAAGGAACAUUACAUGAUGUUACAUAUAUGACCGUCUGUCAUUCUGCUGAUAUAGAAGUGAUAAAGGUAUCUCCUGAUUGUUCCGAGGUUUAUCUAAAUGGUGAUGAAACUCAGGGCUCACAUAAUGUUACUAUUAUUGCUAAAACGGGGUAUUAUACAUCCUUCCUACAUAUACAAGUGUGGGUACCAGAAAACAGAUUGGAUAUACAACUCUCUGAUCAUAAACUAAGUCAGAUCCGAACCUGGAAAGUUCCGGAUGAAAAGAAAAAGAGCAAGAAAAGUAAAAGAAGUUCUAAGCUAAGUCAAGGUGUUGAUUCUAAUUUCUUGCUUGAUAUCAAGUCAUCUGAGAAAACCAACCAGCAUGGCUGUAGAUUACGUGUACAACAAUCAAAAGUAGAAGUUUAUGCAAGAUUUAUCAUCCAGUCAGCUAGCAGGACAGAUUUCUUUCACAAUCGUAAAGCUUAUUUACGAGUAACAGAUCUAGUUAGAGAUCGUCUUCGAAUUGCUGACUCCAGAGUUGCUACUUUAAAUGGAACUGUUAUUCAAGGUCUCCGUCAAGGAAGAACAGAAGUACAGGUUUUAGCCCCAUCUGGUCAUAUUAAAGGAGUUCGAGAGUUACGCGUUGGUAAAGAUAAAGUUAUUAUAGAAAGAUUAUUGGUUCGAGUUAUUAGUGGUGUAUCAUUAGAGAUAAUGAAGGAUAGAAAUCAGAUGGAAUCUUUAAGUGCUGUGGCUCAUUUACAAGAUAAAUUAGUGACUAAACAUCAGGAGGGAAUUCUGGAUAUCACUCUACAGUUCUCUGAUGGUACCAGUUUCCCAAUAAAAUAUAUUCCUGAAAAUGAAUAUGAUUUGAGUAUAACUUCUUUAAAUAGUCAGGUUGUCGAGAUUCCAGGUGAUUCACCCAAUCACAAAUACAGUAUCAUAGCAAAUAACGAAGGUCGCGGAGAGUUAGUAAGGGUCAUUCUCAAGAUGAAGGACCCUUGCAUGAAGAAACGCUCAAGAUCUUUGGGAACCAGCUAUGUUUAUGUUAAUGUAGAUUUCUCCAAGGAAACCAAUUAUCUUGAACUUCAGAGUGACAGUAACUACGAUAAUCGUGCUAGUGAUCGUUGGGAUAAGAAUGAUUUACCUAAUAAAAAUACCUAUAAAGAUCAUUACAGCAGUAAAGAUGAAUAUUUUAAAUACCAACACAAAACCAAGAAUGAGAAAUUUCCGAGAAUUAUGGGAAAUGAACCACAAGUUAUUCCAGUUCAUAUUGCUCUAGAUAAACUACCUGAAAGUCAACCAAAAUCUUCUCAACCUAAAACCGAAGCUCAACAACAACCAAUUAAAGACAAGGAUGGAUUAUCUCCCCUGGAAAUCGGCAUGUAUGUCCUGUUAGCCGUAUUUUGUGUGGCUAUUUUAGUGUUUACUGUAAACUGUGCGGUAUUUAUGAUGCGCUAUAGAAGAAAAAGAAUGCCAUCUAAAUUUGGUAAAGUGAAGAAAGGGGAAUCUGUUCGCCAAGCAAAUGAUUGGGUUUGGAUUGGAAGACAAACUCUUGAAAGAAAUGCUGUCAAUACAAAGUGCUCACACACGCUUAUGCCUGAAGAAGAUUUUAAUGGUAAUCGCAUGAUUCGACCUACGAGUUCAGGAAUUGGUAGUUCUGUAAGCAGUAAUAGUACUGGUGGUAGUAAUCGUAACAGCACAGUGUCCACAUACAAGGGUUCAGAAUGUAGUAUUCGUAUUACAGCUAAUCCUUUACCAGAUACUGGCCCCGAACACUCAAUGCAAGAUGAUCCAGAAUGGGACUACGAAGCUAUGGGCAUGACAUACGAUCAAUUAAUGGAUUAUUUUGAUAAUUUAAAAGAGUCGACAGCAUAAAGCCUCCGAUUAUUAUAUUUUAACUAGUUGUGCAUUUAUUAUAUAUAACACGAUUGUUGGAUAACUGUGAAAAUGUUUAGGGCAAACGAAGAUGAAAUGAGUUGUACAGAAACUACAGAGGUACAAAACUCUCCACAUCGACAUAAUAAACUAUAUAAACCAUGUCUGUUCACUCUGUUGCUAGAUGUUAUUGAAAUUGUGACAAUCAUUGUUGGGAAUACAGAGUGAAGGGGGAUAACUCUGUGCUCAUGGGAAGUAACUCUUAACAUGAGUGUAUAGUGCUGAAGACACUUUUUAUUGUUCUGUGAUUGUUAUAGUAUUGGGUAGAAAUGUGGAACUUUAUUUCAAUAACUUUUUUUCUUCAAGUAGAAACAUUUUGUAAAUAUAAAAAGAAUGAUCAAAGAAAAUUUGGGCGCCUAAUAUUAAACGGUUAAAGAAUAUAUUAUUAUUAUUAUUACACUUGUGUGUAAAGGCGUACACAGUUUAAGCAUAAAAAUUUGAAACCACUUUCACUGUUUUUGAUUGGUUAAAGAUUAGAGAAAAAUCUCAGGUGAGUCAGGGUUUUUGAUUGGUUGUCCAAUCACUACCGGGUUUGUAACUGUUUAACCUAUAUAUGGUAGUGUGUAAUUGUUGUAAAUAUAUAUUAUUCUCUUUAUUCCUUGAGCAAAGAAUAUAGCACUUGAGCAUUUAUGUCAAAGUUUUGCAAUCAAAUAAUGUUAAAAUGAUAUUAUCACAUUUCAACUUUCAAAGAAAUUGAUAUCUCUUUGGACAGUUUGCACAAUGUGGUUCAAAGAUGCAAUUAUAUUAUGUGUAAUGUAAAGCUGUCCUUAUUACAUGUACCUUGAUGAUAUUUUUUCUACACUAGUGUAAAGUAUUUGAUCACAAUUGAUUGCACACUUUUCUGAACACGAUUAAUUCUAAUUAUGGUCAGUAUAUUUUAAAUAAAUCUACAAAAAGGGAUAUAAGAUUAGGUGGAAACAACUCCAGUCUACUACUAUUCAAAUUUAAUAAUAAACGAUAUGUAAUCAUAUUAUAUACUAGAAAUAUAUGCAGAUUGCUUUUUUUAAACCAGUCAUAUUUACAAUAGUCUAGUUGAUUAAUGUUCAUGAUUAAGCUUUAUUAGUAUUGCUGUGUUUGUUAUUGUUACCUUGUUAUUAUUACCUUGUAAAUCUAUACUAGACUAAAUUAUAUCAAAUGUCCAUUUUUACUUCAAGAUCUGAUCUUUUCUAUUUUACAUUUUUCUGUUAAUUUUGUAUUAAAUUUAAAUAAAAGAUGGUUGUCUUUAUUCUAUCCCUCCUACUAACCAAAUGAUCAAAUUAUUUUCUUUUUCUGUCUUCUUUCUUUUUAUGUUCUUUUUUUUUCCAUCAUUCUCUUACAAUGCUGGCUUUUAAAAUUGCAAGAUUUAAUUUGAUAAUGCAAUUACUCUUGUUAUGAAUUUGUUAGUUUUUAUUAUUAAUAUUAUUAUUAUUAUGUAAUUAUUUUUUAUUAUAUUAUCAUGUAAUUAUUAUAAGAAAUCAAAGUUAUACAAACCUUACAGUAGCUUAUUAGACAGAGAUUUUCAUAGAUUAUUUUACCUUUUAUUACCAGUUUAUGAAUAGUAUUUAUUGUCCCAAACUUUGUGUAUCGUGCCAUUUUUAAUAUUAUUUACGUCAGUUUAUUACUUAAUAUUUGCAAAUUACAGAUUAUGUGUUCAAAGUCUAUAUUGCACAACGUUGAUUUUCUUACAUUAAUAUUAAUUCACAAAUUUGAAAAAAAAAUCCUUUAAUUUAAACAUGACAGCUGGAUGAAGUAUUUAUAACAUGCUAAUUAGUGAGAUCUAUGCAUAAUAUUUCUUUAGUUAACAAAUAAGAUCUCUCCUGGUUAAGCCUGUUUCACUAUAGUUUACUGGGUUCUCUCCCCUUAUGGGAAUGUUAACACCAAUGUCAUUUAAUUAGAAGACAGCCUAAAUAUAAUUAAACUAUAACAGGAUAAACCAAAGAAAAUUUUGAUUGUAUAUGGUGUUAUUUCAUUUUGUAAUUUCUCCCUAAGAACAUCAACUAAUUUUGAUUUCUAUGGACAAUUCAUUAAGGAUAACUGUAGACCUACCAAUAUUUGUCAUUUUAAUCUUGUAGACAAAUGUGAAUUGCUUCUUAAUAUUUGUAAUAAAACAAUGAUAAUGGUGUUGUGUAGAAUAUAUAAUAUACCUAAGUGUUUACUGAACAGCUGUAGAAAUAUAAAAUGCUAGAUAGAUUUAGAAAUUAUGUUGUAUAUUGCUAUAUAAUAUAUGGUAUGAAUGUAUAUUAGGAAAUACCUAUAACUAGUACAUUUUAUUGUUGUUUUUCCUAUUUGCAGCAUCUUGUACUUGUUAAUUCCUAUACUUGUUCAGUCAAAAACCAGAGUUUAAAACCAGAUAAAGGGUCAUAGACUUAACAAAGAAUUUGCACUUCUGCUUAGAAAAUGUACUGUAGUCUUUUGUCAGUCUUGUAUGGAAUGGUUAAAAUUCUUCCAAAGGCUGAUAAUGUGUCAAGACCUAUUAAACGGUCUAUUCUAACUUGCUACUAUAUAAUUUGGGGAAAAGACAAUCUUCAAAUUUUGGAUUAUUUAUCAAGAUUAAGUGUAAAUGGAAAGACAGUACAUAUAAAAUUAAUAACAUACAUGUCUUAUUUUGUGUAUUAUAUUAAUAAUAUAUAAUAUAACCAUACUGUACAUGUACUUGUUAAUUAAUUAAUUAAUUGAUUCAAGUCAGAUGUCAUGUGUUCACUGUCUGUGUUCUUAAUAGGAUAUAUAUUACAGUCAUACUGUUUUUCAAGGCAUUGGUACCUGCUAUACUGUCUUAGUGUGAAUUGACUUAAAAUUUUAUAAACAAAAUUAAAAUAUUUCAUAAAUUAUAUACAAUUUAUAACAGAGUCAUAUUCCCUUGGUUCUAUAUUACAAACCGUUUUUGGUCAGUCAACAUUGCUGUUUAACAAUUUAUCAAGGAAUUAAUUAUAGAACAGGCUUGAAGAUUGCGGAUUCAUGGGAGAUGGUUUGAUAUGUUAUCUCCUCUUUAAUCUCCAGCAAAGACAGUAUGACUGUACUGUUAUCUAAACCUUAUGUUCUGUUCAUGUGAUGUUAUAUCAUGUCAGACUGCCUGUCAUGCAUUGCCUAAUAAGGUAAAUGAUGUGCUUGUCUGUGGCAGAAUUAUCUGUUAAUAAAACAUUUCAUUUAAUAAAUAUAAAAUUGUUGACUUUCAAUUCCAUCAUCCUAUUGCUCUGAAAUAGUUUAAUAGUUUUAAAAUGGCAAGAAUAAUUUGUUCUAGCAUUACCACAGUAAAGGAUAUCCAUCUCAAAUUAAUAGAAAAUGCAAAAGGCCAAUUUAUAAUACAAAAUGUUAGUCCACCCUUUUUCCUAAGAAAGGGGUGGUCUGAAGACAUUUUAUUUGGAAGACAACUAGUGGCUCAGUAGCUUGCUUACUAACCAGGAAACCUGGGAUUGACUGAGAACACUCCCCAGGAUUUUCCAAUGUAGUAUCCCCUCAUCAUUAGUGUAGAAUGUAGAUUCUGGCCAGGAAUAGCAUCUAAUCAUCCGGGUGGGACAAAAAAGCAUGGUGCCAGUAUACACGUUGCAUGCUCAUAAUCAGGUGCAGAAAAAUAGAUCAUUAAAUCCUAUUUCAUUAUGUAGGCCUAGGCCUAGUGACCACAAAGCAUGUUUUAGGUCUACUAGGAAUCAAUAGUCAUUCAUGGAUAACCACCACUUUAUUGGGAAAUCAUAGGCUAUUAAAACAUUUUUUUGUCUUGAAAUAACCUGCCAAUUUAUUUUUAUUAUUUAAAUAGCUACUACUGAUGAAUCAUGAAUUGUCAUUUUCCAGCAAAGAUAGAAUGCAAUAAAAGUUAUCUCAACUACA